UCGUAUCAUCACCAUCCACCAAGUCAGGACAGUGCGAUACUCAUCUCAACUACUGCACAGUCACAACCACUACCGUUACCACCAUUACCAUGUCGCUCCAUCCACUCAUUGACAAUGGAAUCAUCAAAGGACGUCCGAACUUUAGCGGCGGAAAGCUUUACUGUCGCUGCUCUUCGAACAAAGUGGAAAUCUCCCUGAAGAGCAAUGUCGCCCACAACCACGCCUGCGGCUGCUCCAAGUGCUGGAAACCAUCCGGUGCACUCUUCUCCAUCGUUGGCGUUGUGCCACGCGAAAAUCUCUCGGUCACCUCCAACGAAUCCAAGCUCAUUAUCGUCGACGAAUCAGCUGCGAUACAACGCCAUGCCUGUAAGGAUUGUGGUGUGCACCUUUACGGCCGGAUUGAAAAGGAGCAUCCGUUCAAGGGGCUGGAUUUUGUGCAUGUUGAGCUCUCAAACGAGGAAGGAUGGCAAGAGCCGCAGUUUGCCGGCUUUGUGUCAUCUAUUAUUGAGCAGGGGUUCAACCCCAAGGGUAUGGAUGAUGUACGGGCAAGGUUCAAAGCAGUUGGUUUGGAUACGUACGAUGUUUUGUCACCGCCGCUUAUGGACCUUAUCGCAACCUUUAACGCACAGAAGGCAGGCUUCAGUUUUGCGGCAUCUUGAAAAAUGUAUCUAGCAGUCCAUAGAUAAUGAGACAAAAAAGUUACACUUUUUCCAUGAAUGUAAUGGGGUUUAGGCUGUGCAGGUUGGACUGGAACGACCUCACUGCGCUAUUGGCUCUUUCAACGUCUGAAUUAAGCUACAUAUGACUAGAGUAGAACUCACCGUAGAGUAACACCAUGAAUGCACAACGGUAUCACUUAUAGUUAUAGUACUAAGGCUACGUUGGUUUUGUCACCUAAUACCUUACUGAUAGAGCAGCAGUAAGUAACUGUCCUGCGUGCUGGUUGCUCAAAUCAUGCUUCUGAUCAUCCACAGUCCACGAAGAUCCACGAAGCAUGCCAAGGGAGUGUAUCCAGUCGGCGUCAUAGAGUACUAAUCAAGUGUACGCAUCAUACUAGCCUAGUCAGCGUCAUGAUGAAUCCUUUUCAGCCAGAUGACGUUACACACUCAAAC